CUUCAGGACUUUAUUCCAAACAGAGGAAAAUGAGGUUCUUCGCUCUCGCCGUCUUGUGUAUUUUCGCUUGUUUGGCUGCUCUGGCCGAGGCCGGAGGUCACUACGCCGUCGCUGGAGAUUUUGGUUACAAGGUCGAAGUGAAGCACCCUUCCCAUGUGUCCCACGACAGCAAGGGCCAUCACCACUUUGUAGAAGACAAAGGAAUUCAAGAGCAAUAUAUCAAGGUCGGCAUUUACCCCCACGUGGAGGCUCACGGAUACGUUGAAGACGGUCAUGGAUAUGAGCACUGAAAAGUUCUCAGGGCUUGAGAA